AUGAACGCCCUUCUGUUGGCCACCCUCUGCGCCCUGGCCGCGCUCGGCCUCGCCCACGCAGACGCCGCUCAGCCCCGGAGUGUCGACGGGUCGCCCAAGUCGGCAGCUUUCGUGUCCAAGCGUGAAGGGGCUGAAAUGGUGAAGCGGCAGAAGAGGAACCUCAACAGUGGCUACGGUGCUGCUGGGGCCGCCCCUCAAGUGGCCGUGAACCCCCUCGAGGCCCAGCGGGAGGUCUGCGAGCUCAGCCCCGCCUGCGACGAGUUGGCCGACCACAUCGGCUUCCAGGAAGCUUAUCGGCAGUUCUACGGGCCCGUCUAG